AGGGUUGGGGGCAAAAAAAAAAAAAAGCCCACGGAGGGAGAUGGAGAAAUAGAGAAAGAGAGAUAGAGCUUUCUCCCCAGUUCACUUCACUUGAAAAUCCUCUCAAAAGCUGUGAGAAGCAGCCAUUUUACUGCUUUGACCGAUCAAUGGAUCAACUCUUCAAAAGGUACUGCCAACUUUUUUCAUCGCUGAUGAUUAAGCUCACUCUUCAUAUGAAUCUCAGGUUUGUGCUUGGUUGAGAAUAGUGAAUGAUACUAUGGGUGUCUCGGGGAAGUGGAUUAAAGCUUUGGUGGGUCUAAAGAAAUCUGAAAAGGCAGAGUCUUCAGAUAAGGAUGUAAAUAGAAUUGGAAAAAUACGGCACAGAAGGAAACAAUCCAUUGAUGGUGACAAUGAAAAACUCCAGAAUGAGUUUAAUCAUGAUGCUACUCCUUCUGGAGAUGCCAAUAUCCAUUCAGUCACUGAUGUCCAGCAUUCACCUUCUACUUCACAACAAGUACAGGAUGCUGCAUAUAGCCUUCAAAUUAUGAGGGAGGAAUGGGCAGCAACACGCAUUCAAACAGCAUUCCGAGGAUUUUUGGCUCGAAGAGCACUACGAGCACUGAAAGGAUUGGUACGGCUUCAGGCCCUUGUAAGAGGUCAUGCUGUGAGGAAACAAGCUGCCAUAACUCUUCGAUGCAUGCAAGCUUUGGUGAGAGUCCAGGCACGUGUUCGAGCAAGGCGUGUUCGCAUAGCAUUGGAAAGUCAAUCAGCGCAACAGAAACUUCAGCAACAACUUGCAAAUGAAGCUCGUGUUCGAGAAAUAGAAGAAGGUUGGUGUGACAGUAUGGGAUCUGUUGAAGAAAUUCAAGCCAAAUUAUUGAAAAGACAGGAGGCUGCAGCUAAACGUGAGAGAGCAAUGGCAUAUGCUCUGGCUCAUCAGUGGCAGGCAGCAUCAAGGCAGCAGGCUGCUUCUGGAUUUGAACCAGAUAAGAGUGGCUGGGGUUGGAAUUGGCUGGAAAGAUGGAUGGCUGUCCGUCCUUGGGAGAAUCGGUUUCUUGACAUUAAUACAAGGGAUGGAGUAAUGGUCUGUGAAAAUGGAGCAGUGGAGGGUAAAAAUGGAAUUAGAUCUCAAUUAAGAUCUGCUAGCAAGAAAUCAGUUCCGCCAAAUGUCAAUCUAAACCUUGCUAGUCAGAAAACUGGGCCAUCAUCAUCUGAUGGUGGUGACUCUUCACCUAGUAAGUCUGCUGGUUUGCCGGAGGCAUCAAAAACACAGAUUAAGCCAAAAUCUAAUGCAAACUUUGAAAUUGAAGAGGCCAACUCAAGACUUAGACUUGGUUCAAGAUCUCACAGUAAUCCAAAGGAGAGAAUCACACAAGCUGAUAAACAGGCAAAAAAACGAUUAUCUCUGCCUAACAAUGCAGGGGGAAGCGCUGGGGCGCAAACAGCCAGAAAUCCCACCAGAACUAAUGUGAAGGGGGCGAUCAGCACUCAAAAACCUCUUCGGGACAAACCUAAGCUCAAUGGAAGAGGGGAUGUGAAUUCGACAAAAGCUGUUCCUCAACCCGCAGAAACGUAAUGCUAGAGAAAUACCCCACCUCUCUCCAAUUGAGGCACCCGCCCAUUGUCUGUUUGUACAUACCAUGCUUUCGUGAUGAGUAGGGCUUGAAAUCGCCAUGCACAAGCACCUCCAUGAAGAUGCUGAUUUGCUGUUGUGGUGAGUGGAGUGGCUGGUUACUCGGGUUCGAGGAUAUUGGCUUGGAGAAGUGUUUUCGAAGUUGGCAAAUAUUUGUUGUAAUUAUGCAUUAUUUAUUCUUGUCGGUUUGUGUGAUAAUGUGGUAUUUAUACUCAAAUGUACAACUUUCUGAGUGCGAUUGCGGGGUAUCAUUUCAUAGGUGUUCUUUUCUAGUAACAUACGAUUGUUUUUA